AUGAAGCUGUAUUCGUUCUUCAUGAGCUCGUGCGCGUGGCGCGUGCGGGUAGUGCUGCAGGCCAAGGGUGUGGAGCAUGAAUACGUGGCGGUGAACUUGCUGACACAGGAGCAGCGUGACGCGGCGUUCCUGCGGGUGAACCCGCUCGGCCAGGUGCCCGUUCUCGUGGACGGCGACCUCGUGCUGACGCAGUCGCUGGCGAUGCUCGAAUACCUGGAGGAGAAGUACCCGACGCCGGCGCUGCUGCCCAGCGAGACGGCGCAGCGCGCCCAGGUCCGCAACAUCUGCGAGAUGAUCAACUCGGGCAUGCAGCCGGUGCAGUCGGGCGCCUUCCGCCGGCUGAACGAGAUCGGCGGCGAGGGCGCCGGCCUCGCCUGGGGUCGCGAGGCGAUCGAGCGCGGCUUCGAGGCGCUGGAGGCCGUGUUCAACGCGCGCCGCCGCUUCGGCGUCGACGUCAGUCGCUUCCCCACCAUCAGUCGGCUGCAGGAUGCGCUGCUGCAGCGGCCCGAAUUCGUUGCCUCCCACCCGGCUCGGAUGCCAGACUGCCCGGCCGGCUUCUCGGCGGACGCGCCUGGCCAAGGUCGUGCGGCGGCCACGGCGGCAGCGCAGUGA